GGAAGUUACACAAUGCUCGUGCGACGGAGCCCCGGCGACCGUUACCGUUGGUCAGUCAGUGAGAGGCGAGAAGCGGCGCCUGAGAUGCGUAUGUGAUUGAAGUCUGCAACACAAGAUGCAUUUCCGAGCGAUUGUGAGCCUUACCUUUAUCGCGGUGUGUUCUGCGCACGUUCAUCAUAAACACGAGUCACCUAUUGGCGAAGAGCACUAUGUGAACGGUGAACAUAACGCAGAUUACGAUAGAGAGGUCCUGUUCGGUGGAGAGAAAGAAGCAGGCGAAUUUGCAAAGCUCAGCCCUGAGGAACAGCAAAGCAGACUCAAAUCUCUCAUCAAAAAGAUGGACUUAAACUCAGAUGGCUUUCUAAGCCAUGGUGAGCUUAGCACAUGGAUCCAGAAUUCAUUCAGGCAUUACGCCACCCAAGACAGCAAAGAUCAGUUUCCAGAAUACGAUGUGGAUGGCAAUGGAAUGAUUACCUGGGAAGAGUACAACAUUCAUGCCUACGACCAUGUCAUGGAUUACGAUGAGAACAUUCCCCUAGAUGAUGAAGAGGAGGAAAGCAUGAGACAACUUUUUUGGAAGGAUAAAAAACGUUUUGAAAAGGCAAACCUUGAUGGAUUACCAGGACUGUCUCCAACAGAAUUUAUAGCAUUCGAACAUCCAGAGGAAGUUGAUUACAUGAUGGAUUAUGUCAUACAGGAUGCCUUAGAUGAACAUGAUCAAGAUAAAGAUGGGUUUAUCUCCUUAGAAGAAUUCCUUGGUGAUUAUAAGAAAGAUCCAAAUGUACAAGAUGAUCCAGAAUGGGUUUCUGUGGAGCGGGAUCGCUUUGAGAAUGAUUAUGAUAAGAACACAGAUGGGAAGCUUGACCCACAAGAACUCCAAGCAUGGGUUGUUCCCAACAACCUAGAAGUCGCAGGAGAGGAGGCUGAACACAUCAUCAAAGAAAUAGACACAAAUGGAGACGGAAAACUUACAGAAGCAGAAAUACUCAAUAGCCAGGAUUUGUUUCUCAACAGUGAAGCAACAGACUAUGGCAACCAAAUACAUGAUAAGAAAUUUUACCAUGUGGAGCUUUAGUACUAGAUGUUCUCCAGUUUGGGUUUGGAUCCUAUGAAUAAACUGAACCCGUUUCCUAAA